CAUCCCCUCCACGAUCUAGAAUAAAGAAAAGGGACCCCGACGUCUUCGACUCGACUUGUCUCGUCUCACUCCGAGUUAUCUCCUUGAGUCGAGAGCCCCUCCCCUCUUCGGUCUGAGAACGAUAGCUCUUAAUCGAUAAGAGAGAGCGACAAGCCAGCUUUGAGCUAACUGCCCUUUCCAGUAUUGCAUCUCCCCUCCGCUUCUAGUCAAUCAUCAACGAUUCGACAGUUCAAGUACCCCCCGACGAUAUCCGUCCAACUUCGAGUCUACAACUUUCUCAAUUCACAUAUUACGAAUAAACGCGAAUCAUUGAACCAUUAAGAUAGCUCCCACCGUCCGUCGCAAUGGACAAGAUCACCGAUCGCAUCGCUGCUCUGCCAGCUGAUGGCACAUACUUCUCUCUCGAAUUCUUCCCGCCCAAGACCGCCAUGGGCUUCUCCAACUUGCGAGACCGUCUUCACCGAAUGGAGCGUGCCCUUCGACCGCUCUUUGUGAAUGUCACUUGGGGUGCGGGUGGCAGUACAUCCCAAAAAUCACUUGAAUUGGCCGAGUUGUGUCAGAGAGAGGUUGGACUUACAACUUGCCUGCACCUGACAUGCACCAAUAUGAGCAAGAAACUGAUCGAUGAGGCGCUUUCAGAUGCGAAAGCACUGGGAAUCAGAAACAUUUUGGCCCUGCGAGGUGAUCCCCCACGAAGAGAAGAAUACCGCGACCCAGAAGAUUCUGAGGAUGACGGAGGCCAGGACUUCAACUGGGCUGUUGACCUGGUCAGAUAUAUCCGCAAGACACAUGGAGACUACUUCUGUAUUGGUGUCGCAGCUUACCCCGAGGGACAUGCCGAAGAGAGCCAUCCUCUCGGGCAAAGCUUGGAGCAUGAUCUUCCUUACCUUGUGCAAAAGGUGCAGGCUGGUGCCGACUUCAUCCAAACCCAGCUUUUCUUCGACAUUGAAGCAUACGAGCACUUCGAGACCACUCUACGAGAACACCCCAGCGGUGCCUUUAAGGGAAUUCCCAUUAUUCCAGGACUUAUGCCCAUCCAGAGCUACCAGAUGAUCAAGCGCACAACCAAGCUAAGCCAUGCCAAAAUUCCAGACCAUCUCCUCGCACGCCUCGACGCUGUCAAAGGUGAUGAUGAACGGGUAAAGAUGGUCGGCGUGGAUAUCGUCAGUGAAUUGAUAGACAGAAUCAAGGCCAUCAAGUCCAAGACACCGGGCCCAAAAGGCUUCCACUUUUACACGCUCAACCUGGAGAAGGCCGUAUCCUUCAUCCUGGAGCGGGCAAAUCUCAUCCCCGACCCUCCAGAGAACGAAGAAGCCAUCGCAGUGGACGAACUAGCCAUUCCCUCGCUACAGAUCAAUGGCAGCGCCAACAUGCGUUCUAGCAGCCACUCCCGCUCCCGGCAGUCAAGAAGACAUUCUUCUGUUGCCUCAGACCCCCACAAUCGUGUGAUUGUUGGUGAUAGGCCAGCGAUAUAUCCUGAAUGGGAGGCUACCGGACAGGAGGCCGGCGUGCGUGCCGAAGCAAUCAAUACCCGUGCAAACACUCUCGCCAUUUCGGAGGGCGAAGGCGUUUUGGGCCGUGAGGCGACAUGGGAUGACUUUCCUAACGGUCGUUUUGGUGACGCCCGAUCCCCCGCCUAUGGUGAGAUUGACGGAUACGGCGUAAGCCUCCAUAUGUCUGUAACACAGGCUGUCAAACUUUGGGGUUACCCCAAGACACGGCAGGAUAUCAACGACCUGUUUGUCAAGCAUAUUCGGGGAGAGCUCUCCGCCAUCCCCUGGAGUGAGGAGGAGCUUCGGGCUGAGAGUUCAACUAUUCAACCAAACCUCCUGCAACUCAAUCGCAAGGGCUGGUGGACUGUCGCUUCGCAGCCUGCCGUCAACGGCUUGCGAUCCAGCGACGGCACCUUUGGCUGGGGCCCACCAAACGGAUUUGUCUUUCAGAAGUCGUUCGUCGAAUUCUUCAUCCCCGCCAACGAAUGGGACACUCUCAAGGCUAAGCUCGCAUCGCCGGAGCUGCAAGACUCUGUAUGCUUCUACGCCAGCAACGCACGCGGAGAUUAUCUCUCAUCGGACAACAGCGAUCACGUGAACGGUUCGACGGAAGCCGGUCCGUCUACGAAUGCCGUGACAUGGGGUGUGUUUCCCGGAAAGGAGAUCAUCACGCCUACUAUUAUUGAGGAGGUUAGUUUCCGAGCUUGGAGCGAGGAGGCGUUUGGAAUUUGGGGUGAAUGGGCCAAGGUGUACGGCCGGGGUUCUGAGAGUGAGAAACUUUUGAGUGGCAUCAAGGAUGAUUAUUGGCUGGUCAACGUGAUUCAUCAUGACUUUGUGGAAAAAGAUGCCUUGUGGCAGCUUUUGUUAAGUUGAGCAACAUGUCUAUCCUAAGAGACGUAGACAUGUCAAUGAAAAAGCAAGUCAAAAUCAAGCAACUCCUGAGCGAGGCCAUUCUCAUGCGAGCCACGAAAUACUACUGAAUCCACGACAACAUGUCAAGGCAAUUCGAUACUCAACUUGGAAAAGAUCACUCGGAUCAGAGCCUCAAGCAAGACAAGACAUACUCAAUAUGAUCUUGCCAGAUAACUGCUGUCCUGCACCUAAUACACUUGUUUUUAGCAUAUCAUAGUAUUUAUACUAUAAUGGUUAUGUCACAGCCAUAAAUUACAGGGCACCAC